AUGUUGAAACCAACAAGGCAAAUCCACUGGCCUUCGCGUCGAUCAAAGGCGACCUCCAGACCGCCAGCCCCGGUGGUAGAAACAAUUACCCAGGAAUCUGACCGUGACAGCCCUACCGACGAGCCUAGAGGUCCCACAGACGUCCAAGCAACACAGGCAACAAGUCCGGUAGACGAGCCAAAGCCGCAUCACAGCAAAAAUGUCAAGUUCGAAGUUAUGCUGCUAUAUCUGCGGCAGCAGCAGCUUGAAAAGAGGUGGGCAGAUGACAACUCCACAGAAGGCGUCGUUCUGAAACGAGGCCGUGACGACUUCAUCUGUCAACCGGCAGAACUACCCAGGCACGUCAACGGGUUCUACGACGAAGUCAAGAAACUGAAUGUCAAGGUUGCCAUGACUGUCAAAACGAGUGCCAUCAGGACGUUUCUCAAGGAAUACCACCUACCUUUCGUGCCCUUCCACCACGGACAACAACUUCACGUCAUCGAAAACAUUAGUGCACUCUCUUUCUGUAAGAGACAUCACUAUGCCGCCUUCGUUCGCAGCCAGGGCAUGCUCGUUGUCUGGGACGAAUCGCCAACCGAUGUUAUCGACCGCGCCGAACGGAUUGAAAGAUACCUUGUCAAUAUGCUGUGGGACAUGGACAGCUCGGAUGACGAUUUUGAUAUCCCUGUCGGAGAUGAAAAGAAGGCGCUCGAAGGACCCAAAGUCACCGAGACAGCAAAAGAGAACUCGACCGAGUCGAGCGACGCGGACGAGGAAGAGGUAUGGGACAAGCCUCGCAAGACGGUCAUCUACCAAGCUUUCCUGGUUGCAUGUGUGUCGAUCAUUACAAUCUUCUGUCUUUCGAUCGGCUGGAGGCAGAUCGCCACCGAGAUCAUGAUUGACCACAGCUACACCCGACUAGCCAUUCUGGCCGCUGCCCCUUUGCAGCUGUGGCUGGGGUGGUUCUUCUUCACCACCUUGGUCAACGGAGUCUCUCAGAUCUUCGGCCCGGUCCGGCAGUUGACCGAAAACUCGCGGUUCUAUUCAGCACGGCCGCCGGUGCGUCUAUCCGGACCUGGCGUCACACUACCUCACGUCACGAUUCAAUGUCCUGUCUACAAGGAGGGCCUGGACACUGUGAUCCAUCCGACAAUAGUGUCUCUCAACAAAGCCAUUUCGACGUACGAACUGCAGGGCGGGAGCGCCAACAUCUUCAUCAACGAUGAUGGCAUGCAACUGAUAUCCGAGGACGAUGCGCGCCGACGAGUACAAUACUAUGAAGACAACAGCAUCGGCUGGGUAGCACGACCGAAGCACGCGCCCAAGGGAGACGGCAACGGAAAUAACGUCUUCAUCCGCGCCGGGAAAUUCAAGAAGGCAUCGAACAUGAACUUCUGCCUGGACGUCAGCAACCGGAUCGAAGACAAAAUGGCCCAAGUCGAGCGAACACCGACGUGGAACCAAGAAAACGAAGAUCACCUCUACCAGUCAUGUUUCGAGCAGGUGCUCAACGAGGACCAGGGCCGGACGUGGGGCGGCGGCGACAUCCGAAUGGGAGAUUACAUCCUUUUGGUCGACUCGGACACGCGGGUGCCGGAGGACUGCCUGCUCGAUGCGGUGUCAGAGAUGGAAGCCGCGCCGGAAGUGGCCAUCAUUCAGUUCUCAUCUGGGGUGUUGAACGUGACGACGAGCUUUUUCGAGCGGGCCAUCACCUUUUUCACGAAUCUCGUCUAUACUGCGAUCCGGUUCGCCGUGGCCAACGGCGACGUGGCGGCGUUUGUGGGCCACAACGCGAUGCUCCGAUGGUCCGCGGUUCAAGACGUGCGGUACGUCGACGACAAGGACGGCGGGCGCGAAAAGUACUGGGCCGAGAACACGGUGUCGGAAGACUUCGACAUGGCACUGCGGCUGCAGGCUUUGGGCUACGUGAUCCGCUUCAGCACGUACUGCGGUGACGGGUUCAAGGAGGGCGUGUCGCUGACCGUCUACGACGAACUGUCCCGGUGGGAGAAGUACUCGUACGGCUGUGCCGAGCUGCUGUUCAAUCCCUUCCGAUACUGGAUCACCCGGGGUCCCUUUACACCACUGUUCCGCCGCUUCAUUACCAGCCCCAUGACCCUGAUGGCCAAGCUGACCAUCAUGGCCUACAUCGGCACCUACUUCGCCAUCGCCUCCGCUUGGCCCUUGACGCUGAUGAACUACUUUUUGAUCGGCUGGUUGAACGGCUACCUGGACCACGCCUACGUGACCUCGUUUGAGGUCUACUUUGGUAUCGUCGUCAUUUUCCAGGGCCUCGGCACCGUCAGUCUGGCCGUGUUGAGGUAUCGCGUCGAGAACCGCUCCUUGUUCGGCGCCCUGCUCGAGAACUUCACCUGGCUGCUUCUCUUGACCAUCUACCUCGGCGGCAUCUCUAUGCACGUCUCCCAGGCUAUUUUGUGCUACCUGUUCAGCAUCGACAUGACCUGGGGCGCCACCGCAAAGGAAGCCGAGUCCACCUCCUUCUUCAGGGAAGUCCCCGUCAUUUUGAGAAAGUUCAAGUUCACCUUUUGCUCUUGUAUCGUCCUUAUCAUCGGUAUGAUUGUCAUGGCUGGCGUCGGGCCCCUGGGUGCGAUGGUCCCUCAUGAUUGGACCAUAACCACCUUUACCGCCAUUUAUCCUCUGGCCAUCUUGGUCGCUUUCCACUUCUUGUUGCCUCUCGUCCUGAACCCGGGUCUGAUGCAGUUUACUUUUUAG